AUGGAUUUUCCUGGUACCGUUUCGCUGGAUAGCCUCCCCAACGAGCUACUUCUUGCGGUGUUCUCUUAUUUUAAUCAAUAUGAACUAUUGACAUGUAUCUCUAGUGGACUGCUUGAACUCAGUCAAAUUCAGUUGCCCCGUCUAACUUCCUUACGUGUACCACAAUGUGCCUGGAUCACUGAUCCUUAUCUUGUAUCCUUGAUGGAACCCGGUUGGUUGGUUGACUUAGAUGUAACCGGCUGCUAUCGGCUCUUCGGCGGUUCGCCCCGUUCACUUCGUCUGUAUGAACGAAUGGAUCGGAUAUGCUUAUUGCUCGAGCGUCAUUGUCCUUCGUUGCGCCGACUGUCCCUUGCAUCAGUACUCACUUUACCACUCGAUCGACGAGAGAGCACCUCCACGCGACUAGACCUUUUGAGUUCGAUUCCCCAAUCUCUACCGCAUCUGACCUAUUUGGAUCUUUCGGAUAACCGAACUCUUGUGCAGUUUUUUAAUUCAUUGUCAAAAUCUCAGGGUUUACUAGCUGCUCAGUCAUUUUGGGAGGCGUUUUGUUCAGAACCAUUCAACACCACCGAUUGCUCCAAACCUAAAUUGACGCUAGUUCUAGGCCGAUGGCCUCCGGAACACGCUAUUAUAUUCGCAGAAGCUGUUCAGGAAAUGGCUACUCAGUGUCAAUGUCUGCCCACGCUGUGUGUGGAUGACCAGUCUCUGGUGCUCGCUUCGUUGUCAUUGUCAUCCUCCGACCUGGUGGUUCAUGUAGAAUCUAUCAUGAACACAAAACGCAAACUUAAACGCUCGGCACUCAAUCCGGUGCGACUGGAAUCACACACCAAGUGGUCUGGAAGAGUUGAAUGA